UGGAGAAAGCCUCCGGGGAGAGCCGUGCUGCCCUACAACCUUCGCCCCCUGCCCUCAAAUCUUUCCCACAAUCCAAAAUGGCGGCCGUUGUGGAUUUUGGCGACCUGGAGCUAUUCGAGGCGUUUGACCCUCAAGAGGAGUCGACCCCGAAGCCCGUUCACACCCGCUUCAAGGACGACGAGGAGGAAGAGGACGACGACGAGGAUGAGAAUGGGGUGGGCGACGCGGAGCUGCAGGAGCAGCUUCGGCGCUGUGAGGAAACCAUCGAGCAGCUCCGCGCCGAGAAUCAAGAACUUAAAAGAAAAUUGAACAUUCUGACAAGACCCAGUGGCAUACUGGUGAGCAAUACUAAGCUAGAUGGACCAUUGUUACAAAUCCUGUUUAUGAACAAUGCUAUCUCAAAGCAAUACCACCAAGAAAUCGAGGAGUUUGUAUCAAACUUAGUAAAACGAUUUGAGGAACAGAAAAAAAAUGACGUGGAAAAGACAUCCUUCAGCCUUUUACCCCAGCCAUCCAGUGUUAUGUUGGAAGAGGACCAUAAAGUGGAAGAAUCAUGUGCCAUUAAAAACAACAAGGAAGCUUUUAGUGUUGUAGGAAGUGUCCUGUAUUUUACUAAUUUUUGCCUUGAUAAAUUGGGGCAACCGCUACUAAAUGAAAACCCUCAGCUUACGGAAGGAUGGGAAAUACCCAAGUACCAGCAAGUCUUCAGCCACAUUGUUUCUCUAGAAGGGCAAGAAAUGCAAGUAAAGGCAAAAAGGCCAAAGCCUCACUGCUUCAACUGUGGUUCUGAAGAGCAUCAGAUGAAGGAGUGCCCAAUGCCUCGGAAUGCUGCUCGAAUAAGUGAGAAAAGGAAGGAGUAUAUGGAUGCCUGUGGUGAGGCCAACAGUCAGAGUUUUCAGCAGCGGUAUCAUGCAGAAGAAGUAGAAGAAAGAUUUGGAAGAUUCAAGCCGGGAGUUAUUAGUGAGGAACUUCAAGAUGCACUGGGUGUGACAGACAAGAGUCUUCCCCCUUUCAUCUACCGGAUGCGCCAGCUGGGCUACCCACCAGGCUGGCUCAAGGAGGCUGAAUUGGAGAAUUCAGGGCUUGCACUCUAUGAUGGGAAUGAUGACGCUGAUGGGGAAACAGAAACUGGAGAAAUACAGAAUAAAAAUGUCACUUAUGAUCUCUCAAAGUUGGUAAACUAUCCAGGUUUUAAUAUAUCUACUCCCAGAGGUAUUCCAGAUGAAUGGAGAAUGUUCGGUUCCAUACCAAUGCAGGCGUGUCAACAGAAGGAUGUGUUUGCCAGUUACCUUAAUUCUAACAUCCAGUCGCCGAGCAUGAGGUCUAGCAGCAAGCGGUCUUCCUCCCAGUCCAGCCCUAACAGUCCAAAGAAGCAGCGGAAGGAAGGCAGCUCAGCAGCCUCCCCUGCUGACAUGGAGCUUGACUCAGAUGUAGAGAUUCCACCUGGUUCUCAGAGCAGCAGAGCAUUUCAGUUUCAGCCACCAUUGCCUCCUGGCACACCUCCUCCACUGCCACAGGGGACACCUCCACCUCUCUUCACUCCUCCACUCCCUAAGGGAACCCCACCACUGACUCCCAGUGACUCACCCCAGACCCGACCCACAGCCUCGGCCAUGGAUGAGGAUGCCCUGACACUGGAGGAGCUUGAAGAACAACAGAGGCAGAUCUGGGCAGCUCUCCAGCAGGCUGAGGGAGCUAACAGUGAUUCUGAUGUUCCUGUAGACACACCUUUAACUGGGAAUUCAGUGGCGUCCUCCCCUUGUCCAAAUGAGUUUGACCUCCCUGUCCCAGAAGGAAAGGCUCUGGAAAAGCCAGUGCUGGCUGAGCCCCAGGGGCCAGCUGCUUCUGUAGACACAGCUGGACCUGAGCCUUCCUGCAGCUCAGCAGCAGGGGCAGCGGUGCUCUCUCAGAGAGAAGAGGAAGUGGCUGCAGAGGGGGACCCUGGAGAUGCUCUUGUUGACAAUGGCAGUGUGUUGAACAUGAGCAACGGAGGCAGCCAGCAGCUCCAGCAUCUGGACACCCGGCCUCAGCCGGCCUCUAAAACCCAUAGCCCGGUACCUGACAUGAGCAAGUUUGCCACUGGAAUAACGCCCUUUGAAUUUGAGAACAUGGCUGAAUCCACUGGAAUGUACCUCAGGAUAAGAAACCUGUUAAAGAAUUCACCUCGAAAUCAGCAGAAAAACAAAAAGACUUCCGAGUGAGCCCUUGCGGUUGCCCUGACUGCCAGGUGCUCUGCAGCUCUGCAUUGUCCCUUCAGACUGAGACCAGGUGACCCAUUUGUCCUUCCCACCUUUCAGAAUCUGCCCAUGAUAUAAUUGUGAUCUCAGCUCAAGCCUGUUUUACAUAAUGAAAGACUGGGCGUGUGAGUUUGUUCUUUUGUUCUCACUGACAACAGCCCAGGGUCUGUGUGUGUGAGGUGGUUCAGAGAUGCUUGGUCUGGGUUAUACUAUUUUUGGAUCGUGAGUGUCUGUCAAGAGUGAAGUUUUUUUUUUUUUUAACUGUCUUUUGUAAAUUGUUUUCCCUUUCUACAUUUUGCUAUUAUCCUAUAUAUAUAAGCUUAAUAUAUCACUUUUUAAAAGAAAAGUCUAACAAUUUUAAAUUCACACUUCAAUUUCAACAACCAAAUGAGGAUAAUCAGGGAUGAGCAGCUUUAUCCUGCUUGGGGGUAUUUUUGUAAGAUUUUCAUGCAUGAAUUUUAAUAACACUUUUACUUUUUUGUAAUUUAAUUAUUCAAAUAUGCUUCCAAUAAAGGUGUGCUCACCUUUGUGUACAGAGGUUUAAUAAAUUAGUUUUCUUACACAUGA